AUGGGAAACAUCUUCGCCAUACGCCCAGGUACCGCCAAAGACAAAGCACCAAUCGGCAUGGGUAGUCACAUGGAUACCCAACCUGCAGGUGGACGAUACGAUGGCAUACUGGGCGUUCAGUCCGCCCUAGAAGUCCUCCGCACACUCGACGAGAACAACAUUCAAACCCAUUGUCCCUUUGCGCUGAUAAACUGGACAAACGAAGAAGGCGCACGUUUCCCUGGCGCGAUGAUGGCUUCAGGUGUCUGGAGCACACAUAGCAGCACGGAUCUAGAAGCCUGCCAUGCCCUCCACGAUACUAGCGGUAUAUCCAUGGAAACAGCUUUACGCGACACGGGAUACUUGGGCCCCAUUCCUUGCGAUUACCGCGAGAAUAGACUGUCCGCUCAUUUCGAACUCCACAUCGAGCAGGGCCCUAUUCUAGAGAAGGAAGGGAAGAGUGUAGGUGUCGUGACGAGCGUACAGGGUAUGAAAUGGUAUGCCAUUAGAGUGACAGGGCGAGAAGGCCAUUCGGGUACGACGCCCAUGCCAGGGAGGGCAGAUGCCUUGGUCACAGCUUCACGGCUUAUAACAGCUGUACGUGACACUGCACUCGACAGCCGACUGGGCGUUGCUACUGUGGGUGUUAUCCGCAGUGAUACGAGUUCUCAAGCCACUAUACCCGCUGGGGUGGGGUUCGUGAUAGAUGUUAGAUGCGAUACUGAUGCCCUCGUUACCCAACUCUCCGACAAAAUCUUACAGGCUUUUGACCAGGUCGUUGCGGAAGAAGAUAAUGGGACCAAGUACCGUGUGGAACGCACGUGGGGCUUACCAGAGUCAAAGUUCCAUUCGAACUGUAUCGAGGCGGUGAGGAAGGCAGCAGUGGGGCAAGUUGGUGAAGAGCAGGUCAUGGAGAUGAAGAGCAGGGCGGGACAUGACAGCGCAUGGACGAGUAGGGUCUGUCCAACGAGUAUGAUCUUCGUACCGAGUCGAGAGGGAAUAAGUCAUAACCCAGAAGAAUAUACGAGUCCAGAGCAUUGCGCACUGGGGGCGCAGGUUUUGCUUGAUGCGGCGCUGGAGUAUGAUGACAUGAUUAAGAGUGGGGACGUUGGAGUUUAG